AUGUCGUCAUCGACAGCACCUCCCACAACAGCACCGCUCGCGGCCGAAGCGCCUGACGAACCGCAGAACGAAGGCUCCAAGCUGCGAACCUUUUUGGGUAUUCUCAGAAAAUUUAUUGGCGUUGCUGACCUCGCCGCCGUCCGAUUUUCUCUACCAUCGCAGCUUUUGGAGCCAACCCCGAACCUUGAAUACUGGACCUACCUCGAUGCCCCCAAUGCAUUUAUUGCUAUUGGCACUUCGGAAGAACCCCUCGACCGCAUGCUUGAAGUUGUCCGCUUCUGGCUGACCAAGGACUUGAAAUACGCCAAAGGCAAACCGUGCAAACCAUACAAUUCUUGCUUGGGAGAAUUCUUCAGAUGUAAUUGGGAAACAGAAGACAAUGCCCCCAAAAUCGAGACCGCUGAGCUCAGUGGCUACCAGUCCGGCUCAGAUAAAGGAUCUUUGCGAAGCUUAAAACUUCCUCCCAAGAGCGAUAAGAAUGAGUCCACCGUUUCUCUAUCCGUGCCUAAACAUGGCACAUCGACGCCUGACAAGAAACCAAUUCGAAUUUCAUAUCUCACCGAACAGACCUCUCACCACCCCCCGGUGAGCGCCUUCCACAUUGCGUGCCCGGAGAAGGGCCUCAGUGCUCGAGGAUUCGACCAAAUUAGUGCCAAGUUUACAGGCACCUCAGUCAAGGUUUUGCCUGGCGAGCACAAUAUGGGCAUCUUCAUCACGUUGGAUAAAUUCGGUGGUGAAACAUACCAGCUUACCCACCCUGCAGCACAUCUUGGUGGUCUUUUCCGUGGCGCACUCAGCGUUUCUGUCAGCGAAAUGGCCUACAUCACAUGUCCCGAGACCAAGCUUAAGUGUAUUCUUCACUACGUAGAGGAUGGCUGGCUCGGUAGAACCACGAACAAGAUUGAUGGUGUCAUUUUCCGGUAUGACCCUGAAAACGAUACCAAGACGCGCGUACAAGACGUUCCCGACGAGGACAUUCUGGUCCGAUUGAACGGCCCUUGGCGAGAAAAGGUUGUCUUUUCAAUUGGUCCCAAGCCAGUGAAAUCCGUCCCCCCUGAACAUCAAUAUACCAUCAUAGACGUUGCGCCUCUUCACGUCGCCUCCAAAGUUCUUCCCCCAGAAGAGCAACAACUUGCCAAUGAAUCCCUUACACUCUGGGGCGGCGUCACUAAAGCAAUCCUCGCCAAGCAAUUCUCCAAAGCAACCGACCUCAAAGUCGAGCUCGAGGAAAAGCAACGCGAAAAAGCCCGCGAGCGUGAAAAGAGCAAUGAAACAUGGCAACCCGUCUUUUUCGAGCAUGUCGUUGGCAACGGCGGCAAGCCUGACCUAACUGACAAAGGGAGACAGGUGCUGGAACGGGCGCAACAAGGUGAUUGGUCUAUGGAGGGGAUCUUGUAG